CUAGAUACUACAUCUUCACAUAAAAAUGGCUAGAGUUUUUCUUUCUUCUAUUACUAGAGCUGCACAGUGUGCUAACAGAUCCUUUAUUGCACCAAGAGCUGCUUUGGUGCCAACCUUCAGAUCCUUCCCUCAAUUGAGUUAUAGACAAUCUUUGCAGCUCUCCAAAAGACACUAUUCUAGCCAAACUGAUAAUCAACAAAAAGCAGAUGCCACAACUGCUGAAAAGGAAACCACGGGAUCCUCUGAAACCACAGAAUCUGGAAAACCUGCUGAAUCUACUGAAUCUGCUGAGAAACCAGCUGAAGAAGCAAAAACCGACGAAGCACCCAAAGCCGAGCCAAAUGAAGAUGCUAGUGACGAGCUUUCUACACUAUCAGUUGAAGAAUUGGUCAUCAAGUAUAAAGACUGCGAAGGUAAAUAUUUGAAGAAAGAUAAAGAUUUUGCCACCUUAAGAGAUCAUUACAUGAGAUCUUUAGCUGACUUUAAAAACUUGCAAGAAACUACAAAGAAAGAAAUUCAAAAUGCCAAAGAUUUUGCCUUACAGAAACUUUGUAAAGAUCUUGUUGAGAGUAUCGAUAAUUUUGGACAUGCUCUUAAUGGUGUCGACCUCAAAUCUCUUGAUUCAAAUCAAGAAAUGAAAGAUUUUUAUGACGGUGUUAAAAUGACAAGUGAUAUAUUUGAUAAAACUUUAGCUAAAUACGGUUUGCUUAAAAUGGAUCCUGUUGGCGAGAAAUUUGAUCCAAAUAAACAUGAAGCUGUUUUUGAGUUUGUUCAACCUGAUAAAGAACCAGGUACUGUUUUUCAUGUUCAACAAAUUGGCUUUUCUUUAAAUGGUAGGGUGAUUAGAGCUCCAAAAGUUGGAAUUGUUAAAGCAGAGCCAAAACCAAAAAAUAAAAGUACUGAAAGUACUGAAAAUACUGAAAAUACUGAAAAUACUGAAAAAAAAAAUAAACUUUCUUGAGUAAAUUCUCUGAUGAUUAAUUUGUUAUUCUUUUUUAAACAGCAUUUGUGAUUGUUGUUAUUGUUCUAUUUAGCAAUUAUUCCCUUUUUUUUCUAUUGAAACGAUUUUUUUGAUGACUUAUAUUUUUAUAUUGAAAAAUAACUUUACUUGUAAAUACAUAUUAUACUACG